AUGGGAAAUUUCCUAACGACCGCUUUUAGGGUUUUUGAAAACAGAGAAAAAACUGAUGAUUUGAACGGUUCUUCUGAUGAGGACAAAUCCGAUGUCAAGAUGGAGAGUGUUAACGACUCUGGACCAAUUGAAGAUUAUGUGAUGAGUGAAGCUUCCUCGUUGCUCAACACAAACCAAGAUCAUUCCAGAGAUGGUUUUGAAGAAGAGAAUGUGUUCCAUGUAGGAGACUUUGUGUGGGUACAAGGAGUCAUUAAUCGUCAUCAAUGGUGGCCUGGGAAGAUUUAUGAUCCUUCAGAUGCUUCUAACUUAGCGUUGAAGCAAAUUCAGAAAGGUACAUUACUCGUUGCGUUUUGUCGGAAAGAGACGUUUGCUUGGUGCACUCCUUCGCAGCUUAAACCGUUUAUAGAGAAUUUCAGAGAGUUUUCAAAGACUAGCGAGUCUACUAGCUUUCUCAGUGCUGUGAAAGAAUCUGUGAGAGAGAUUGGUCAACAUGUGGAGAACCUAUUGGUUUGUGAUGAGCCUCUGGUUAGUUCUGUAGCUGUGAAUUGUGGAGUAAAAAAAGAAGUUCUUGUACCUGAUGUUAGAAGAGAGACUAUAAGGUCUCUGGUUCUUGAAAGACCUGGGAUAGUUCUUGAAGAUGUUAAAAGCCUUGCGAAGGAAGCUAGUUUUAGUGAUUUGUUAGAGAUUGAGGUUUUGAAGAGGAAAAUAUCAGCGUUUUAUCGGUCUAAAGGAAGGUUUUGUUUAGCUAAAUAUGAUGAUGAGGAUCCAUAUAUCAUAGGACUUGAAGACAAAGAGGAUGAGUAUACAUUGAAGUUCAAAAACUCUUCUUGCCAGAGAUCAUUAAGAAAAUGCUCUAAGCUGGCUAGUAAAAAGAGGAAACGUGGUGAUGAAGUUUUUGCUGAUGCAGCAGCAGUCACGACUUUGAGGAGAAGAGUGAGUAAUAUAGAAGAGAGUGAGGAGAAAGAGGAGUCAGGUAUUGAUAUAGUUGUUGAUUUAUCAACUCCACUGGCUUCACCCUGCAAAAGGGUAAAGGUUGAUGAUGUUUCUUCAAGUGGUGAGACUAUAAUGCAAAGAAGUAAGAGAGAGAGGAAGAAGAGCAAGUAUCUUUCUCCUGAUUACAUUACAGAUUUUAGUUGGAGAAGGAAAAAGAACAAACUAGAAUCUGAAUCAGCAGAGCGAGUGAUGAAGCAUUCUGCUGAAAAGGCCAUUAGUUUCUUGAAGUUUGGAGCUGCAACAGAGGAAAUAGUGGAACUAAUCCGAGUAGCAGCUCUCAGCACAAAAUAUUCACAAGAGAGUCAAAGCUCUUAUGAUAUGAUAAGAGGGUUUGUGUCCAUUUACCGAAGUUUCACAUAUGAUCAUGGAGCUCACAAAAGAAACGGAAACGAGAAGAAGGAAGGUGAAAACAGAAAGGGUGUGAUGGAAAUGGAGUGGUUGAAAAAUAAGCUUGAAGAGAUGAGAGCGUUGCUGGAGGAAACAGAGAGAGGAGAGGUUACGGAAGAGUUGAAGAUGAGACUUGAAGAGGAAUCAAGAAACUUGCUGGACAAGGUAAGGAAGAUGACUGUUGAUUCCUCCCAUGAAUCUUGCUAA